CCGCGCGCAGCCUUCUGGGAGUUGCAGUGCACACAGCAGAGUCGUUUCCGUGUACCUUGCCUACGUUCUGUUGGAAUCUGCUCCUGCAAAGACGAACACAUGUGAAAUUAUUGAUCAGGGUUGUGUGAAUUUAUGGAAACAUGUCAAAGAAGCGGGGCAGGAAGCGCAGCAGUGGAGAGCUCAGCGAGAGCUCGGCGUCGACCCUGAGCCCGGACCCCGACAACCUGCUCGGCCGCAGAAUCCAGCACACCUGGAGGGAGAAGGGCAACGUGACCAAGUGGAAGGGCACCGUGCUGGAGCGCCUGACCGUCAACAGCUCCCUCUACAUGAUCAAAUAUGACGGCUUCGACUGCGUCUACGGCAUCGAGCUGUUCAAAGACAACCGGGUGUCCAACCUGCAGGUGUUGUCAGAGAAAGUCGUGAAUAAUAAGAUCAAGGUGCCUCCCGGGGCCGAGGAGCUGGUGGGCCGAGCCGUGGAGCAUCUGUUCGAGAAGGAGGACGGUGAGAAAAAUGAGUGGCGAGGCAUGGUGCUGUCCAAAGCCCCCAUUAUGACCCACUGGUAUUACAUCACCUAUGAGAAGGACCCAGUACUGUACAUGUACCAGCUGUGGGACGACUACAAGGACGGAGAUCUACGCGUCCUACCGGAAUCAGAGAACAAACACCUGCUGCCAGCAGACAGGAAGCCUGGUGAGGAGCCAGAGAGCCUUGUGGGUAAACAGGUGGAGUAUGUCACAGAUAACGGCGUGAAGAGGACAGGAUUGGUCAUCUACCAGGUCCCAGCAAAGCCCACGGUAUAUUACAUCAAAUAUGACGAUGACGUUCACAUCCAUGUCUACGAUCUGGUGAAGACCACCUAGUACUGACUGUCCGGGCUCAACUUCAGCUGAUGGCUCAUCUUUGUCUGACCAGUCGUUACCUGUUAAAGUGUUAGAGAUCCCGUUCUCCUGCGGUGGGAGGCAAUGUGCCGAAGAUCUUUUAAUUUUUUUUCUUCACUCUUACAUUAAGAAACAUCUUGGUUUUUUGAUUCUCGGUUUAAGUUGACUAAACGGCCCUCAGUGCAAAUAUAACAGGUCUGAGACCAGUUGGCCCAACAGUUGACAUGGAGUUAAAACGUUAGAUUUGGUUUAAUCACAGUCAUUUAGUGCAACUUUCAAAACUCCAAAUUCAUGCUUUUUUUAAACAACCAGCUUUCUUACCUGGUGUUAUAUUCAUACUUGAUUUCAGUUUUUUUAUGCCUGUGCUAUUUAUUUCAUCUUCAAUACCUGGCAACGUUUGGGCAAAACACGUCCGGUGUGCUUCUUGUGUGUCACUAGGGAGGCCUCAGUUUUCGCGGACUAUAGAAGUAAUAGUCAUUUGACCAGUGUGCUAAUUUUACCACCACCAGAUUUCAGCUGAAGUCUAUAGGAACUGAAGAGACGCUCACAUCAUAGGACAUAAAAUGUAUCAUGUAUCAUAUUUCUGUUCAGUUUUUUACAUUACGAUAAUAUAUGAAAAAUACCAAUGUUGAUGUCAAGUUGUUUCCGCGGUGUUUGUGCUACACACUAUUUAUGUAGUUCAAAUUGGCCACCAAUAUUGUUUAGUAGUUUGGACUGAAGCCUUUAUGAUUUGCCAAAAAUUAAUUAUGAUGUGAUAUGAUAUAUUCAGGCCUCAAAAUAUUGUUCCCUGUGACCCUAAAUAUGUUUUGUUCUGUAAAUAUAAUCAUGAGACAUUUUUAUGAACGUUAAAAAAACAAACAAAGCUGCUUGAAAGUGAUUUUCUCGCCUAGCCAUUUGUUAAAUGCUGUCGCAGUGGAAAUGUUGUUCUUUCAGAUCAGUGUGCUCAGUCAUGGUUGCAAGAAGUACAGUACAUUAAUUUAAUCAAUCAAUAAACACAUUUUAUUAGAUUAGGUACAUGAGCAGCUGCCUAUGAAUUGUUUAUAUGAAGCACUUAAAGAGAUGGUGAAAUUAAUAAAAGUUGGUUUUUAAUCUGUGAAUUAAAGAUAAUGACGCAUGUUUCUGCCCCUGUGAUUGGGCGCUCUGGGGUGAACUCAUAGGGUUUUGCAUAUUUGAUGGCAUGCUACAUUUUAUGAUAUAUCCCACGUUCUGAUAUCAUGACGUAUUUUAAAUGUCUUAAGCUGUAUAUUGCUGAUACAGUGGCACAAUUUAACUAAGAAUGUGAAAUUUUCCAGAAUUUAACUGCGGGUCUCAUGUUUUUUACCCAUGUAACUGAAUGUAAACUUAGCUGAGCGACGUUUCUCCUUGACCCUUGUGAAUACAGUGAAUAUGACAGUGAA